UUUUUUUUGUCCUUUUCUCUUCUUUUUUUUUUUUAUUGCCUCUUCUUUAUCCUUAUUAUCACUAUGAGUAGUUGGAGUAGUUUCUCUCAAUCAUAUGUAAAUCCUGACAAUUUGGUGAUUGCUGAACAACAAGUGGAUGCAUUUAUGGAAUUAUUCAAUCGUAUUAUGGACAAUUGUCAAACCAAAUGUAUUCCAAUUCAUUAUAGAGAACCAGACUUGAACAAAGGUGAAAUGGUAUGUGUAGAUCGAUGUGUUGCCAAAUACUUUGCUUUUCAAAAAUUACUCGGCAAGAAACUUCAAGACAAGUACCCUGAAAUGAUUCCCAACAACAACAACAAUAAUAAUAAUAAUGCCCAAGAAUAUCUUCAACAACCUGAACACAAAACCUCAUUCUUUACUCAAGAUACUUCCAACUCUUCCCCUUCUUCAUUUUAAUCUUUGUUUUUUUUAUUUUAUUUAUGCCAUAGAUAUAGUUUGUAUUUUUAGCUCACCACUUAUUUUUUUUUGUGUAUAUUUUGUUUACACCGUUUGAUCCAUUCAUGCAUAUAUAUAUAUAUGUAAUUCGAAUCCACUCUUACAAGACAACAAAACAUGAUUCAUGAUAAUAAAAAUUUAUUGCAUUUACGGUCUUCAA